GGUUGUCGCGACCAGGGAGGGGUUCUGGCUUCGAUUCCAGUGACUCGGAAUAUACAUUUACGAAAGUGUGUCUCGUCCCGAGAUUUGAUAAUCGGCCAAUAACGCGCGACGUUGUACUUGGUCGAAUCACGCCGUGAUUUAACGAGAGAGCAUUUGCCGCAAUGUCCUAAUGUACGCGUUGAUCGUGCGAGCGGCAUCAGCUGCUCCCUUCGUCAUGAACCGUCAUCAUUAACGUCAUUCACGCGGCUAACGUACUGGAUGGAAUUAUGGAAGCCUGUGACGUAAAAUACAGCAGCUUGCAAGCCGAUUACCGUUGAACCAAGUCAUUGGAAAACGAUCGUCGCUUCUAACAACGGUUUCCACGACGCGGUGGAUCCCGUCAAUCCGGCAAACAGGUGUUAUCAACGGGCAUUGUUCGCGGCGCCGGAAAUUGAAUUGUCGCAGGAGAAGGCGUAACAGUGAUGGAAGAGCCACAAACUCCGGGAUCGGAUUGCAAUUCUAACCUGGCGACGGAUUCUAUCCAGCAGGAUCUGGUCGGCUCGGAGUUUGUUCAGGACAAUGUUGAGUAUCAAUGGUUUAUCGAUUACGGAUAUAGAGAUGGAGGACUACACAUCCAUCCCAGUGUUCUUUCGUCGCUUUCCGCGUCCUAUACUCCCAAGGAUCUGGGUUAUUAUGACGACCUUGCUCGUAAUUUGGACGCUAAUCUGGCAGAGAUCGACAUGGAGAGCUUUCGUACGGCGGACAUUCAUACCCUCCUUACGGCUCUGCCUGUCAUGUGCACGGAACCAGUUCAACAUUCCGAAUUUAACUAUCAAAGGGAACAGUAUGCCAGUAUAUCUGGAUCUGUCAUGGAAAAGCUUGACAUCGGUUCCUCCAUCAGCCCCCAUACUAGUAGCCAGGGAGAGGAUUCCGCAUGUUCCACCGCCGAUACGAUAUCCAUAUGCAAGUCGUCGUUGCUGUUUUCUCCAGUAAAAGAGACGCCGAUGCUACCACCGGGUGGUAGCUACAGCGUAGAUUCGCUCGACUGCGAGGAUAUGUUGCUCACCUGUCAAACGAAUAAUAAAAACAACUAUACCAUCGCUUUUGAGGGCAGCAUGACUAUGUACUCGGAUGGCUCUCAAGAUUUUGAAAAUCAUGAUAAACACAAGACGUAUGAAUCACCAGAUGUAUUUUACGAUAAACCGAAAGACAUGCAAGCUGUGCUGGAUUUAUCAAUGGCAUGCUCAGACUCAAAGAUAUACACGACGUGGAGUAAUCUGAAACACUCCUCCAUGAACAAAGUAAUAACUCGUCAUCCUUCCGGGAACAAUAACACGAUACCAGACAUCUCCCAAUGUGCUGCUAAUCUGACGCUCGGUGGGAUGAAUAAACGGAGCCAGAGCUUACCGGACCUCUCUCGCGUUCGUCAAUUCCAGCACACUAAUAUACCUCUUAAUUUUAGCGUUGAUUCCGCUGAAUCGAGCAACCAUAUGCAGCGGUUGCAUAGCUCCGGAUCUGCGAUGAGUCGCUCGACGAAUGCGGAAAGUUCGGACAACGGAGAAAAUGCUGGUACAAAGAAGCUGCAAAAUUUAAGCCUCGUCAGACUGUUUAUGAAGCAAAAGAGCAUGAGCGUGGAGGGAAUGAGUCUUACCUUGGAUCAGUCGGAUUCCGUUAGUGACAACAGCGGCUGGCCCACUAGCAACAGUGGCAGCGAUACCGCGACCAACACCAACACGCAGAUACAACGGCAAAAUGGUCAAGAUAAUAUUUGUGAUCGUCGCGUGCUCGAAAACGACUUCUCUAUAAAUUGGAUCAAGCGCGACGUGACUAACAAUUGUGAUAUGGAAAGUCAGGGAGACAGCUUCAACGUUUUAAGGCGUGCGACACGAAAUAAACAUGACAAGAUCGAAAUGGCGUCGUCCGCGUCGGUGGAGGAACUUUCGGAGAGUAUGCCCAGGUCGGGCUGCGCGAGCGAUCAACGGAGCUUCGAUAUCAACGAUUCGUUCGAGCAGAAGAACGGCUGGGCAGCCGGCUUGACGGAGAGGAAGUACCCGAUCUGUCGAACAACGGGAAUACAAGCGAACGCGGAAAUGGAGGACAACGCGGUUCAAACUUCCCUAAUUUUUACCGCGCCGAAGGAAAAGCACGGUCCCCUCCUGCAGGAAACGACAGUUAACAAGAAGCCUGUGUACAUUGUGUAUCCCAAUUAUACGUUGCCCGAUCUGUCGUUUCUUAAGGUCAAGGACACCAAGAUGGACAACAUUGCGUUGAAACCACAUACAUUUGACAGAAACAAGAUGGAAUGGAAACGUACCGUCCGUUCGGGUAGACCAUUUUCCUGUAACGAUAUCGAUGCUCUACGGCAACGCGGAUUCGCGCACGUAAAGGAUUGGGAGUCGCUGACGUUCCUUCUGCCGCACGAAUACAAAAAGAUUCUGCACGAUGUGCCGGAAGUAUCGAGAUACAUUAAUAUCAAUGAGGAAGUUAAGCGGCCCCUAUUCUGCCUGUCCCCGCCGAUGCGCCACAAGACACGACCGAUCAGCGAAAUUAUACCGAAUAAUACUUCGUCGACAAGCAGCACCGCGACGCAGCCAUCUUCCGGCUACAGAGGCUCGUCGACGAUUUUAACCGACUCCUCGACAAAUCAGCAGCCCUUGUCCAACAAUGCGAUCAAUCCGCUGUAUUUGUAUCGUUACGACAGUAUUAGUUCGGAGGCCAGUUUAGUGAAUAACGACAAGAAAAUGCACAGACUCCAUCAAGCGAGGCAGGUCUAUCCGUCUCUUCCGAAACGAUCCGUAUCGUUGCCGCAAGGCGAGGGUGAAUCUGAUUUCAAUAAUGGCAGAGUACCGCCGCGACCACCGUUACCGAGGAGCAUCUUGCGAAAAAACAAGGUUGUCGCGAAUAAACGAUACAGCAUGUUUGAGAUGGGAGACGUGGGCGAACAAUCGGAAGAACAAUCUGUGGAAGUGAACAAGAGAAUGUCCUUGCAAGAGCCAUACUAUAUGAACAACGAUUUGCAGCUCUUGUGUCGCGAAAGAACGAUCGAUUCGGAGAAGGACGUCGACGAGACAGAAGCGGAGAGAUAUCUUAAAGAGAAAUUAAACGACAUUACGAAUAACGCGAAUGUGGAAUCGGAAACUUCUCAACACAGCGACGAUGACAUCAAGCAAUUGGAAGAAUAUUUGAAACGUAGUGCAAUCUCGUCGCAAAGUAGCGACGGAGAUAUCGACAAUGCCGAAGUUAAAGUGAGAUCGUACGUAAGAAAAUUUUUAGCUUUGAAAAUGAACAAGGAUCUACUCGUUAGAAAUAGCGAUAUGGGAGAAUCGCAAAGAAAAACGGUCAGUUUUGCCGUACACCAAAGAAAAAAGCACCUGGACGCUAAGCUGAAUAACCUGAAUGUCGUCGUAAACGAACAAAGCCAUGAUGAGCCAGCCGAGGACAGAUUAACAGAGCUGGAAGAGAAAAAAAAAAUGGUGUCGUCUGUAAAUAAAGCGGUAGACCUUUUAUUAAAGUACUGGAAUGCCGACUUCAAUCACAGUCGUCCCAAUUAUAGCGAAAGAAACGAGUGCGCUCAAAUUUGUCUGAGUAAUUUAUGCCCGGCUUUAUACGCUAUUAUGUCGGAUGGUUUAAAACCCCAUUUGAAUUCUACCUUUGGACCAAUUACCAAUAGUGUUUGGCAGGUCGUCGAAGCUAGUUCUCAACAAGGACCCCUUACGAAGACGUUAAAUGAAUUAGUGCAAAGAAUCAACGGCGAAGAUGUUAUUACAGAGGGAAUGUUAAAGUUCCACGCAUUUGUAUUCGGCUUGCUAAACCUAAGAGCUCUGGAUGCAUGGUUUGCGUAUUUGUGUACACGUGAAUCAAUUUUACGGAAACAUUACAACAACAAUAGCUUAUUCGUCGCGGCUCUGGCCAAUGCCAAUGUCCGAGAAAUCGUCGAUUCGUUGUUAUACAUCCUGAAUCCACUUGCAUUUUGUCCAUUUCACUUGGAUCUUCUCUAUCAGUAUCGUCAAUUGCAAAAUAGUUUUGGGAAUAUAAAUAAUCAUACAGUGAACGCUAUGAGCUUUAGAAACGCCGAUCUGACCAUGAAAGAUCGCGAGAGCGAGGAAACGGAAUCUUGCGGAGUGGUUCCAAGUCCGAAGAAGACACGACCAAGAUCUUGCAUUGCUUACAACAUGGACGAUAAAUGCAGCCUCAUGCAUAAAGGUGAUCUUCAGAACGCAAAGAAACGUUUCAGUGCCAUAAAUCCGAAGGCGUUUUACGCGUUGGAUAAAUUAACUUCCGAGGAUUCUGAAGAUUACACGGACAGUCUGGAACAUUCCCCUCUAAAUAAGAGAGCGAGCAAGCAGCCACAAUCUAAACUUUUUAAUCCUGAUACUAAACCGAAUGACGACGAUGGUCUCUCUGCCGAAACGAAAUUCAAAAAACUGCAGGAAAAAUGGGAAUUGAUGAUUGGUAAGGAAGGUAGCAAGGGCCAACCCGCCGUAAUGACUCCCUCCUCGCCGGUUCGGACAUUCGGAGCGUUAGGGAAAUCAAAGAUACCUAGAUUGCUCACAUCACCAGUGAAGCAGUCCAAUGUUGCGGCGAAUACCGUCGGGAAGUCAUCAAAAUCAGCCGUAUCGGGAAUCUCUUCGGGAUUGAAGAAACCCGCUAGCCUUCCUACACCAAAGACUACCGUGAAGAAACCUAUGGAUACGAAAGCGAAAGAUGCGACGCGUCGUACAAGCCGCGUCGAUCAGGAUACUCUAGGUGUGACGCGAGCUCACACUGCACGCCCGAGUUCCUUACCAUAUAAAUCGCACGGCGUAACGUCCAACGACAAGAAUCUAAUCUCGCCUCACAGACGAGCCGUUUCGACCUCUUUACCGCGACCAACCGUUACCACCGUAUCGAGGACAUCAGUUGCGAAACAUCCACACAAAGAAGUCCGUACCCUCACUCAUAGGAUACCGUCAGACACCGGUCACCUCUCAUUCGCGGAGGGGGAGAGACUGAAAGUAAUAUUAGAGGUGGAUAAUAAAUGGUUAUUGUGCGCGAAAGGUGAUCGAAGAGGUUUGGUACCACGAGCAUGUGUACGCAGUGUGCAAACAUAGCCCCUCCUCUCGACUACUCUUCACAAUCGCAAUUAUAACCGUGGCCCCACGCAGCAGCCGUAAUUGUAAUCUCACCCUCGGAAGUGGAACGAAGAACGGGAGAGAGAGAGAGAGGACGAGCUGAAAAGUUCAAAUCAUCUAAAUAUCCCAGGACGACACAAGUGAUGUACAGUGUAUUAAAAUUGUUUUUAAGCCGUACGAUAUAAUACGCAUUAUCACGCGCUUGUAAAGUUACUUUUAAUCGAGAACACUUAAUUCUUAUUGAGAUGCGACAGUAGUAUUAUCGCUAGCGGCGCCAUCGAAGACAUAGAGAUAUCACCUAGUCAUAGGCUCUUUUUUUAGACGACGUUAUAUUUAUUUAUUUAGAUCCGUUUACUUUAGAACGAUGUACAAACGCGGGGAUACAAACGACGAUUCGACAUAUAUCCUCGACGAGUAAAAAGCCGAAAACAGUGUGUACGAAUCUACACAUAUGAAUGUGUGUGUAACUGUGAUCAUAGUAAAUAGGCGUUUAAGUUUAUUAGUGCGAACGCGCGGUGUAUAUUUCGUUCUGAUGUUUAAGAUACUCUGUGACUUUGUAAUUUAUUUGUCUAUACUUUUCGCGUCAACGAUUCGUUAUUUUGAUUUUAUUUAAUGGUGCCAUUCACGGCAUACACCUUUACGAUGGCGGCGAUCACAUUUUUUACAUGCUUCAUGUGUAUUUCCUGAUACAUAUAUAUUAUAUAUAUACAUAUAUAUAUAUGUUAAGAUAUAUGACAUAAUCAAAUAAAGUCUGUUGUGAAUUAUA